AUGCCCAAAUCUGAUCCAUCCUGGGAGGCCCGGAUGGAACAGGCUAUAGAAGCCUAUCGACAGGCAAAAAAGCCUAAUCUCGCGAAGACCGCCCGCGAGUAUGGCAUCAACGCUGAUACCCUCCGCAGACGCAUCAAACGCGCAAUCAUUGCGGAGUGGGCGAGUGCGACUCGCCAGAAUGAUGCCGACCCUGACCAACCACCACCCCCCCUAAGCGCUAAUUGGGCGUAUCGCUUCAUCAAACGCCACCAGAAAGAUCUUCUGCCUAGACCGCAAACUACCGACGAGGCGAAGCCAGACCAGACCGUAGAUGCAAGCCAGUUAAUGAAUUGGUACGAUCUUCUGGAGAUCCAAUUGCGAGAUGUACCCUCCCGCUUGGUCUACAACUUUGACGAAUGCCUUUUCCGCCCUACUGGGGGCAGAGGACGUAGGGCUAUUGGGGUAGCUGGUUUAGCUAUCCCCAACUCCACUAUCGUAUCUCCUGGCCAAAAUAUCACGGUCAUCGAAUGUAUAGCAGCCGAUGGGUAUCUGGUUGAGCCCUUCGUUGUCUUCACAGGGGAGGUCUUGAUGAUAGAGUGGCUUACGACCCCAAAUGGUCUACCAGAAGAGACUGCAUUCGAUGUCUCUCCUCGUGGAUUGACAACACGCCGAAAUGCGCUCAAUUGGCUCGAUCGGUUCAAUAUGUUAACCUCUAUACCAGGCCGGUUGAAAAAAGGCGAACAACGUGUCUUGAUCUUUGACGGCCCUGGGUUGCAUUUGACCGCAGAAUUUCUCUCGAAGUGCAAGGAUUACAAUAUCAUCCCUUUCAGCUUGCCACCGCAUUCAGCGCAUCUUUGCCAGCCCCUAGAUGGGAAGCCCUUUCUGAACUACAAGCAGCAUUUCGAAAAGCUCAAUAACGGGAUGUCGGCUGGGGCAGGCACGUUGAAUAUCAAUCCUCAUGAACAUUCUGAUAAAUUUCUUACUGAUGGCAUAAUCCGGAAGAAGGUUUUUAACCAGCGUAUUAUCCGUGAGGCCUUCAGAGACCGCGGUAUCUGGCCAGUUGAUGGCACUAAGGUUCUUGAUACCCUAGCAGCUGAGCCAGUCGUACCUGAUCGAGAAACACCCGAUGAAGAUGCCUCUUUGGAUGGCCCUUCCAAUGGCCGCCAACAUUCAUCGUCUCCGAUACCGGAGACCCCUCCUACAUCAGACCUUGAGAUCGAUCGGAAUUACGACAAGAUGGCUCGAUGCUUUGUCGAAUAUCCUUCAGCAAGGGAGAACUACGCAGAUUAUGUCUCUCCAAGCAUCCUCUUCGCAGAUGAUGUGACUCAACUUACUGGUGCCCCCAAAAAGUUUACCCUUCCCAAACUAGACGUCCUCGAGGACCCCCAAGACUUUGAAGAUUGGCUGGAGGAUGCUACCAAGAUACUGAGAAGCAAGGGUCUGCAGAGAUUGAUUGAUGCUUUCUCUACCAGGCCCCUGACCACGUCUUUGGAGGCCGAUACCUGGGUCGAACACUCUCAGAAGGUUCAAAUGUGGCUGCAAGAGUCCAUCUCCAAAGAGAUCAACCGCAUGAUUCAGAUUGCGGGCUAUCGAUGUAACUUUGCUGAUGAAUACGUCUUUGCCCUCAAGAAGGUCCUGAACGCGACAGACUACCAUCUGGCCAGAAAAAACAUUCUCGCCCUAUGGGGAAUAAGGCGCUCCCAGUUCUCCAGUGCGAUCGAAUUCGUGAUGGCCUUUUCGAAUGUCCACACCAAGACCGCAAAAUAUUGCUCUAUUGCACCGGGAAUGAUUGCGAUUAUUCUUCUGGAAGAGAUCAAAUCCGACCUUCCAACUUUUGUGGCAGCCAGAAAGGCAGACUACGCGAAGCGAUACAAAAGGCUUUCCAACAUCACAAGCGUAGAACUUGCGGAUAUGUUCAGGGACAUUAUGUACGAGAUGAAGGGGUGGUAG